AUGGCCGGAUUUUUUAACAAGAUUAAAGGCGCGAGCACGCCAUCAACUGCGCAAACCACAAAGGAAGUGGUGCCGAAGAAGAAAGAUGAAAUCGCACCAGAGUUGACCCCGCUUGAGAAGAUGUUGCAGAAUGCGGGACCGUUGCGAGAGGAGGCGGCUGACAAGUUCUUUGGCUUCGAAAAUGCUUUAUUCUACUCUGACCUAUUCCGAGAGAGCGUAAUCAACUAUCCAUCACUAUCACCAUCGGAAACCCCCAAUGGCAACCGGCCAAAGGUCAAUGUCACCCUCCGCCCGCCAAUGAACCCCACUCCACCAGCCCAGCAGCAGAAUAAGAAGGGCAUCAGCACCAAGGAGGUGAUGAAACAGAGACAGGCGCUCAAUAACGGGCAACCGGCAAAUGGCCAGCCUGCCGUUAAGCCUGAGGAUAAACCAGACACCCCUGAAUACAAGAAGAAACAAGCCAUGCUCAAGGGCCCGAUCCUAGAGCUAGCACAAGAAAAUGGCAUGGCGUAUGGCAUGGACGAGUGUACCUUUACGGGUCUCAAGGACAUCUUCCUGGCAGUUCUUCAGAGCAGCACCAGAACGGGAGUCUUGAGUCCUCAGCGCUUCCUUGAAAUAUUCAAGCGCGACAACGAAAUGUUCCGAAACUCAAUGCACCAGGACGCUCAUGAGUUCUACGGCCUCGUAUUAAACGACGUCAUCGCUAAUGUCGAGGCAAAUGCGAGAAAGAUUCAGGAACGUCUGGAAAUCAAGGCCCAAACCGACCUUGUACAAUCGGUAGAAAAUGCCCUAGGAUCUGCGCUGAUGAACAAUGCGACGGGCUACCGCACACCUGGAACGGGCUGGGUCCACGACAUCUUUGAGGGCGUCUUGACUUCGGAAACCAAAUGCCUGACUUGCGAGACGGCGUCGCAGAGAGACGAGACUUUCCUCGAUCUGUCGAUUGAUCUCGAAGAACAUUCAUCCGUAACGUCCUGUCUGCGCAAAUUCUCGGCCGAGGAGAUGCUCUGCGAGCGGAACAAAUUCCACUGCGACCACUGUGGUGGCCUACAGGAGGCUGAAAAGCGUAUGAAGGUCAAGAAACUACCGAAAGUACUGACUCUGCAUCUCAAGCGAUUCAAGUACACCGAGGACUAUAGUCGCCUUCAGAAGCUCUUCCAUCGUGUUGUAUACCCCUAUCACCUGCGCAUGUUCAACACCACAGAGGAUGCAGAGGAUCCUGACAGAAUGUACGAACUCUACGCCGUCGUCGUUCACAUUGGCGGCAAUGCGUACCAUGGCCACUACGUCUCCAUCAUCAAGACCCCUGAUCGUGGGUGGGUUUUGUUCGAUGACGAGAUGGUUGAACCCGUGGAUAAACACUUUGUGCGCAAUUUCUUUGGCGACAAGCCCGGAAUGGCAACUGCAUAUGUUCUCUUUUACCAGGAAACCACAUUUGAGAAGGUCAGAGAGGAGCAAGAGAGGGAAGGUAUGGAAGAAGUGAAGCUCGCAACACAGGCCGCUAAUGUCGCGCAAGACGAAAGCGUGGUCAAGGAGGACACCGCCCCCCUGAAGCGACAAGUAACACAGCCUGUCAUAAUGCCGGAACAUGAGUCUCUAGCGAGUCUUGCACAUGCCGCUACUGCGCCUGGGCUGGCAAAUGUACCCGCAUCACCGAUCGUCGAGACGCCAGUGGUGAACGAAGUACCGUAUACAAGCUCAAACGGGACAAGUACAACCAAGGUGGAAUCAAAAUCCAAAGAUGACUUGAAGAAGGAAAAGAAGGAACGUGAGGCUGUGGAAAAGGCCGCCAAGCAAGCCGAGAAGGAGAAGGAAAAGCUGAAAGAGAAACAACUGAAAGAAGAUGAGAAAAAGCGCAGAGAAGAUAGCAUAAAAGCUAUGCAGGCCCGACGAAACGAGCAAGAUGAGUUGCAGAAAGCACUCGAGGCCAGUAAGAAAUCCGCAGCGCAAGAAGAAGCCAUUAGAAAGAAGGAAGAAGGCGGAGGCUUUGGGUUCCUGGAUCGAUCCAAGCGAGGCAGCAAGUCCAUGUCGAAGCGCAGCUUUAGCUUCUUCAAGGACAAGAGUGGCCCUCUACCAGAUGGCCCCAUGAAUGGCGAUGCUCCCGAAAAGGAUAAGAAGGGGCGCAUCAGCAUGGGCCUAGGCAGGAAGAAGAGCACAUCUUUCCUCCCCUAA